AUGGACAAGGCGCCUGCCUACGGAGCAGGAGAUUCACGGUUCGAGUCCGUGCGGAGUAUCAGCACCGAAAGCAGACUCUUACUGGCAGACAUACAUAGAUCUCAACAGCCUGCAAACAUACUGAGCACAGAGAAGCCGAGCAAUAGUGAUGGAGAGUCUCGAAGCGACCGUGUGAAGGCAUGCUCACGAGCGUACUUGAACACCCUGCUCUUCAUGGACCCGAUCGAGCAGAGAAGCAAGCACAUCGUCGAGCUCCUGGAGAAAAGGACUGCGGCUUUGAGGAAGUGA